CAUAGACGGGUAAAAAAAAGUUAUUUUCUCUCUCAUAAACGCCAAUUAUUAUCGAGGAGAGAGGAGAAGAAGGGAGAAAAUUAUUAACAUAGGGUCUUCGAAAACUGUCCAUCCUUUUCCAGUUUUUCCUUUGUUUUCCAAUCACCCAAACACAAAGCAAAAUAAGUUUUUUUAUCUAGUUACAUUUUCCCUUCAACAAUUUUCAAUGUUUUCACGUCUUAUAGGGUUUCUUAACCUUCCAUUUCAUUUAUAAAGCGGCGGCGAGCGAGGGGCAAGCGUUUGGAGCUUUCUUUUGUGAAAGGUUACCAAAAGAAUGAAGCUUUAGAUCUCGUGGGCGUCGCGGAAUUUUAAAGAGUUAGACUCUAGCUAAUUCAAGACUGUACUUAAUCAUUUUAAAUGGCUUCAUGGCGGCAAAAGCUAAAUUAGUUCAGAGGGACAUGUUCUUUUAGAAAACUUGCACGUUGACACUUCUUCACAAACGUACAUCAGGUUCCUCUUGUUGCAGUGACCAUUGGUGGCUUCUCUUUCUCAGUUUUUUGGAGCAUAAUGUUGAUUUGGCUCUGAUCUAUGGGUGUGUUCCCCUGAGCUAAGACUUUGGGGGCUUCUCUUUGUCAAUUAUGUUUUAUAAUCCUUUGGGUGCUAAAUUAGUUGCUUCACUCGCUGACAGCUUACAAAGGGAUUUUGCUGGCAAUGUUGCUGAACUAUCGAGAAGAAAAUUUUUUCCAUUUCUAUGUUGAAUAAUUAUACUGCUUUUCCUCGAAGCAUUUUCUAUUCUGUUUACUGCAUGGAGGGAGCCCUUUGAAUCACAUCAGACUGUUGCUUCCUUUAUUUCAUGUAAUCAUGGCUGAUCAUGCUUUAGUGGUAGCUGAUACUUCUCAUGCCCUUGUAGAACAUUCAUUAGUUAUCGGGCAGGAAUUUCCUGAUGUUGAAACUUGCAGAAGAACCUUGAAAGAGAUUGCUAUAGCAUUGCAUUUUGAUCUUAGGAUAGUGAAAUCUGAUCGCAGCAGAUUUAUUGCCAAAUGCUCCAAAGAAGGUUGUCCAUGGCGUGUCCAUGUAUCAAAAUGCCCUGGAGUUCCAACUUUCUCAGUUAGAACUCUGCAUGGGGACCAUACAUGUGAAGGGGUUCACAACCUCCAUCAUCAGCAAGCAUCAGUGGGUUGGGUUGCUAGAUCAGUUGAAGCACGCAUUCGGGAUAAUCCACAGUACAAACCAAAAGAAAUCCUGAAAGAUAUCCGUGACCAGCAUGGAGUUGCUGUUUCUUAUAUGCAAGCUUGGCGUGGGAAGGAACGAAGUAUGGCUGCACUUCAUGGGACUUUUGAAGAAGGGUAUUGCCUUCUUCCUGCAUACUGUGAGCAAAUAAGGAAAACCAACCCCGGAAGUGUUGCCUCAGUUUUUGCCACUGGACAAGAAAAUUAUUUCCAGCGCCUUUUUGUUUCUUACCGUGCAUCUAUCUAUGGUUUUAUAAAUGCUUGUAGACCACUUCUGGAACUUGAUAAGGCUGAUCUGAAAGGAAAAUACUUGGGUACGUUACUUUGUGCUGCAACUGUUGAUGCAGAUGAUGCAUUGUUUCCCUUGGCAAUUGCUAUUGUUGAUGUGGAAAGUGAUGAGAAUUGGAUGUGGUUCAUGUCAGAGUUGAGAAAGCUUCUUGGUGUAAACACUGAAAACAUGCCUAGACUCACAAUACUAUCUGAAAGACAGCGAGGCAUUGUAGAUGCAGUAGAAACCCAUUUUCCAAGUGCUUUUCAUGGUUUUUGUCUACGUUAUGUCAGUGAAAAUUUCCGUGAUACAUUUAAGAAUACAAAGUUGAUUAAUAUCUUCUGGAACGCUGUUUAUGCUCUCACUGCUGUUGAAUUUGAGAGCAAAAUUGCUGAGAUGGUAGAGAUCUCACAGGAGGUUUUACAAUGGUUUCAACUCUUCCCUCCCCAGCUUUGGGCAGUAGCAUAUUUUGAAGGAGUGCGAUAUGGCCACUUUACACUAGGUGUGACUGAGUUGUUGUAUAAUUGGGCCCCUGAAUGUCAUGAGCUUCCCAUUGUGCAGAUGAUGGAACAUAUUCGCUGUCAACUAACCUCUUGGUUUAACAAUCGUCGUGAAUUGGGAAUGAGAUGGACCUCAAUUCUUGUACCAUCUGCUGAGAAGCGGAUUUUAGAGGCAAUUGCAGAUGCUCGUUGCUACCAAGUACUUAGAGCAAAUGAAAUUGAGUUUGAGAUUGUCUCAACCGAGCGUACAAAUAUUGUGGAUAUUAGGAGUCAUGUGUGUUCCUGUCGCCGUUGGCAGAUUUAUGGUUUACCUUGUGCACAUGCUGCAGCUGCACUUAUUUCUUGUGGGCAGAAUGCUCAUCUGUUUGCUGAACCUUGUUUCACAGUGGCAAGCUACCGUGAGACCUAUUCACAGAUGAUAAAUCCUAUUCCAGAUAAGAGCAUUUGGAAGGAGCAAGGUGAAGGAGCUGAGGGUGGAGCUGCCAAGCUUGAUAUCACAAUACGCCCUCCCAAAACUCGUCGGCCACCCGGAAGACCAAAAAAGAAAGUUCUUCGUGUAGAGAACUUGAAGCGCCCAAAAAGAGUUGUUCAAUGCGGUAGAUGCCAUUUAUUAGGACAUUCUCAAAAGAAAUGCACAAUGCCAAUUUGACCCUGAUUUAGUUUCUUUUUCUUUCCCUAUUACACUUUAAUAUUUUCUUCUGAAAUUCCAAUAGAAUCAGUGGCGUCUUUGUAAUCAUAUUGUAUGUUUUUAACAUUCUAGUUGCAGAAUAAGCAUCCACUACUUCUUCUUCAAUUGUCCAUUGAUCCUGUGCUCAUUGCUGCAUCUUGUUCCUGUUUUACAUCGGCUUUUCCUUCCAUAAGCACAUAGUAAUCAAAUUAUUGUCAUCUUAUGUUUGAAAGAUUCAGUGUAUUUCAUUUAAUGUUUUCAGUUUUUACAGGUCUUUAACAAUUUUGACCGCUAGGUGUAUAGACGACUUCAUGAUAAACUUUUUCUCUAUUAUUAGAAUGUUUCUGGAAAUUGUUUUGGAAAUUCUAUAGGAGAUAAGUCUUUACCCUUUGAUAGGUUAUUUUCUCAUGUAAGUGCUAUGACUUUUACAGUUACCUAACAGGAAUGAUUAACAGGCAAGUUUUUGUAUAGCUAAUGUGCUUUCUCCUUGCUCUUCAGUCUCGCUGGUAUGUUUUGCCAACAUUACUUUUUCUUACCGUGUCUUAAUUGCACGAGGUGGUAAUAUAUUUCUCGAAUGAAAGCUGCAGACAAGGAGGGAUGUACCAUCCCCCAAUAGGCAUGUGCCUAGGGUUGGCAGCUUAACUCGAGUCCGAUGGGUUUCGACUCGAUCCGAUCAUAUAUGGUAAUUUUUAUUUUUUUUGAAAUUCAAGUUUUGGGUCGGAUCGGAUAUUAUUAAAAAAAAAUCGGCUUCGAGUCAGG